AUGGAGAAGAUUGAGUUGGUUUUCAUCCCCUCCUUUGGAAUAGGCCAUGUGAUUUCCAUGGUUGAGAUGGGAAAUCUUCUUCUUUCUCGAUACCCAAAUCUCUCAAUCACUUUCCUCAUCAUCAAUAAGAAGGGUAUCCCCUCUAUAAUCACCUCACUGUCCUCCGACGAUCUCUACCACUCCACCCGUAUUCGCUUUCUCCAAGUCACUCGAGACGAAGACGAUUCGCUGGUGGAUACUCGUGCCAUGUUCAAUUUAUUAGAUCUCUACAAACCUAUUAUCAAGGAAACCGUCCAACAAGAAAUUAUAUCCCGUUCUGGUUCGGGCCGGCUCGUGGGGUUCAUCCUGGACAUGUUCUGCGCUGGAAUGGUAGAUGUGGCUAAGGACUUUAAUGUUCCUGGCUAUGUCUUUUUCGUGUGCGGUGCCACUUUCAUCGGGCUCAUGUGCCAUUUGCAGACCCUUCAAGAUGAGUAUGGCCAGAAUUUGGUCGAUUUGGAUGGCUCCGACGUUGAACUAGAUGUGCCGGUUUUCAAGAACCGUUAUCCGGCCAAGGUCAUACCGCCGGGGGCAACAGAUAAGGAAGGCGGCUCACAGAAUUUUCUCCGACUCGCUAAGUUGUUGAGAGAGGUGGACGGGAUUGCGGUUAAUACGUUCGCGGAACUAGAAUCAUACGCAAUCAAAGUCUUAUCAGAGGACGAUAAGAUUCCACCGGUUUAUCCGGUCGGCCCGAUUCUGAAGAUAAAGAAAGAAAACGAUGAAAAGUCAGCCGACAUUAUAAGCUGGUUGGACGGUCAACCUUUGUCGUCUGUUAUUUUUCUUUGCUUUGGAAGCAUGGGAUCCUUUCCCGACGAGCAAGUGAAAGAGAUCGCCUACGCGCUUGAGAAAGCCGGAAAACGGUUUCUCUGGUCGCUUAGGCGGCCGUUGGGAACAGACAAGACAACGUCGUGGAUCACGACCGACUACGAAAACCCGGGUCAGGUAUUGCCGGAAGGUUUCCUAGAACGAACGGCCGAGAUUGGAAGAGUGAUCGGGUGGGCACCGCAGGUGGAGGUGUUGUCGCACGAAGCGGUGGGGGGUUUCGUGUCGCACUGCGGUUGGAACUCGGUGCUAGAAAGCGUGUGGUGUGGAGUUCCGACUGCUACGUGGCCGAUUCAGGCGGAGCAGAAUAUGAAUGCUUUCUUUAUGGUGAAGGAGGUGGGAUUGUCUGUUGAUGUUAAGAUGGAUUAUAGUCAAAGCCAUUGGAAAACAUCUGAAGAAGACUCGGCGACGGUGCCGGCGACAGUGAUUGAAAGGGCGUUAAGGCAACUGAUGGAUGAGAAUGGUGAGGAGUGUUUGGAGAUGAGGAAGAGGAUGAAGGAGAUGAGUCACAAAAGUAAGAAGGCCGUGGCGGUGGGAGGUUCGUCUUAUGUGUCCAUUGACCGGUUCAUGGAUGACAUUAUUAAUCAUAAUAAAUAAACUAUG